UGGCCCUGUCCAAACCAGAGUAACCAAAGCACCCGACUGAUCCUCGGCCCGUAGGUUGCCAACCUCCCUAAGCCAAGCUCAUAAAAAUCCAAGCUUUGGUUAGGACUGGGCCCAGUCUCCGUGAUGGGUCGGUUUCGGGUUUGGUACCCGAAAUGCCAAGACGAUGUUGUCGAAUUUCCGGUGUUCAUGGGGACAUGGUUUUUGUAAUGUUACUGGAGGAGUACGAGUUAGUUCAUAGAGAAUGAAGAUUUUGUCAGUCAAAGUUGAGGAUGGAAGCGAAGGCAGAGAUGGGAGGCCAUCGGUGGGUCCCAUCUAUCGUAAUCUGCUCUCGGAGCAUGAGUUUCCUCCACCGGAUCGAGACAUAAACACGACGUGGGAUAUUUUCAGAGUUUCAGUUGAUAAACAUCCGCAGAACAAAAUGCUGGGAUGGCGUAAAACCAAUGGCAAAAAGCUAGGACCGUACACAUGGAAAACGUACAAGGAAGUAUAUGAGGAAGUUCGGCAAGUCGGUUCGGCUUUACGAGCAUCUGGUGCCGAACCAGGUUCGAAGAUCGGUAUUUAUGGGGCAAACUGUCCCCAGUGGAUUGUGGCUAUGGAGGCUUGCAGUGGCCAUAGUUUGGUUUGUGUGCCGCUCUACGACACUCUUGGGGCCGGAGCUGUAAAUUAUAUUAUAGACCAUGCAGAGAUUAAUUUUGUUUUCAUCCAAGAUAAGAAGGCAAAAGAACUACUCAAUCACGACUGUGUAUCUUCUCAAAAGCUAAAAUCAAUUGUUAGCUUCACAUCCUUCACAGAGGAGGAGAAGGAAAAGGCAGCGCGAGCAGGGAUUAAGCCUUACUCGUGGGAUGAGUUUCUUCAAAUGGGGAAAGAGAACCCGUGGGACCUUGCACCGCCCGAACCUUGCAGCAUCUGCACAAUCAUGUACACGAGUGGGACCAGUGGAGACCCGAAAGGUGUCAUGCUAACACACGAAAACCUCGCGACAUUUGUGAGUGGAAUGGACCUCUUCAUGGAACAGUUUGAGGAUAAGAUGACAGUCGAUGAUGUGUACUUGUCUUUCUUGCCCCUUGCUCAUAUCCUCGAUAGGAUGAUUGAGGAAUAUUUCUUCCACAAUGGUGCUUCUGUUGGAUACUAUCACGGGAAUUUGGAUGAAUUAAGAGACGAUCUGAUGGCAUUGAAGCCGACUUUUUUGGCCGGAGUGCCUCGGGUUUUUGACAAAAUAUAUGAAGGUAUCAAGAAAGCGCUAGAAGAACUAAAUCCGGUCAGGAGGAGAGUUUUCGAUAUGCUUUAUAACCACAAACUUGGGUGGAUGAAAUCUGGGUAUAAGCAAAAAGAAGCAUCCCCAGUUGCAGAUCUCUUGGCAUUCAGGAAGGUAAAAGCACGACUUGGCGGCCGGCUUCGUCUUGUGGUUUCGGGAGGGGCACCCUUGAGCCCUGAGGUUGAGGAGUUCUUGAGAGUCACUUGCUGCGCUUUCUUUGUGACGGGCUAUGGGUUGACGGAAACCUGCGGGGCUGCAACUCUCGGGAUCCCUGACGAGAUGUGCAUGCUUGGAGCAGUCGGUGUCGUUGGAGUGUACAACGAGCUCCGCCUCGAGGAGGUUCCAGAGAUGGGCUAUAACCCGCUCGAGAACCCUUCAAGGGGUGAGAUUUGUCUUAGGGGGAAGACGGUAUUUAGCGGAUAUUACAAGGAUCCUGAGCUCACCAGUGAGUCCAUAAGAGAUGGAUGGUUCCAUACAGGGGACAUUGGGGAGAUACUUCCUAAUGGAGUCAUUAAGAUCAUCGACCGGAAGAAAAAUCUCAUCAAACUCUCCCAGGGAGAGUAUGUCGCGCUGGAGCACCUGGAAAAUGUUUACGGGGCAACCCCGAUUGUCGAAGACAUCUGGGUCUACGGGGACAGCUUCAAGUCGAUGCUGGUAGCAGUGGUGGUCCCCCACGAGGAGAGCACGAAAGCUUGGGCAAGCAGAAAUGGCUACACUGGGAAGUUUUCCGAGCUCUGCUCUCUGGAGCAGCUGAAGAGCUACGUCCUUUCCGAGCUGAAGGCAACAGCCGAAAAGAAGAAGCUGAGGGGAUUUGAGGGCAUCAAAGGAGUCGUCAUUGAGAAAGUCCCCUUUGACAUGGAAAGGGACAUGGUGACUGCAACACUGAAGAAGAAAAGGAACAAACUGCUGGACUAUUACAAGGUGGAAAUCGACGAGCUGUACAAAAGUUUAGCUGCACGAAGAUGAUAGGUUCGAAGACAAGGAGAGGCAGAGGACAGUAGCAUGAGAGAGUAGGAGGAAGGACACGAUAUUCGCAGGAUGUUUACAUAAGUUGAAACAGUUUCGUUAAAUAAAAUAAAUUCUCUGUUGCAAGUCCUCAGUUGUCUGAACAAUGUAACAUCAUCUGAUCUGGUCAUUCAUCAACUUCGGAAGUACGACGGAAAGAUGGCAUUCACCUAGAGGACAAUGGGACUAGAACCAACCCGGUUGGUCACGAUUUCAAGUCGGCCAGCGAGUCCAACAAGUUCUAAGAGUUUGUUCGAAACAUUGUACGUGCCUGAGAAGAUUUACUCAGAUUAGCUUUGAUCAGUAUUGUUAGUAGUUCAUAUCGAACUACUAUUCUAAUAGUCGAAACAACUCCACAUUGCAGCUUAAAAAAUCUGCAGUAUUCCGACA